AUGGCUUCACGUCUCGACCACCAUAAACGACAGCUCACAAUGCCAGGCAUCGCACUUGCCAAGCGUCUCGUCAACCUCUCGACGUGCGAGAUCUCAGACGCGCUCAUCAAAAUGGGCGUCUCGCACGGCGGUCUAAUCCCCGACAUCAAGAUGUAUUCCCCCCUCUACGAGGCCGGCGAGACACGUAUCGCCGGGCCCGCGUUCACUAUGGUCCCAUCCGCGCACCCCGACAAGAGCAAGCCCGCCACGCACUUUGUUGAUGCGUGUCCGUCGGGACACGUUAUCGUCAUGCAGACGCCGCUGGGCACCCGCUCCGGCUGCUGGGGCGGUCUAAUGUCCACAGCCGCCAAGACAAAGGGUGUUGCCGGUGCGGUCCUCGACGGCGGCUGCCGCGACCUGAACGAACACCGUGCCGUCUCCUUCCCCGUCUUUGCACGGCACCACUCAACCCUCGGUCCUGGGACGUUUACCCGCGUCCGCGCCAUCAACGUUCCACUUACGAUCAAUGUCGCGCCGCCCAACUCGGAACCCCCCUUCCCGGCCGCUACCGUCCAUCCCGGCGACAUUGUCGUUGCCGACCUCGACGGCGUUGUUGUUGUCCGUCCUGAGCAGGCCGAAGAAGUCCUCGCCCGCGCGGCGCCAGCUCACGAGGCGGAUGAGAAAGUGCGCGCCGACUUGCUUCUCGGGAAGGGGGUCGCUGAGAGUAUGCUCAAGCACCGCGGAAAGGCACCUUAA